CUCUGUCCUGUGCAGAAUGAAGGAGCGACUCUUGGUCUGGAUCUGGAUCUGGUUCCUCUGCUGGUCCGCUUUCCGUUUGCAGCCGUCUGCGGCAGAUUCUGUCCCCCUGCCUGAAAUCACCGACACCAAGUUCAUCUCUGAAUGCGUGAAGUUGCACAACGAGGUUCGCUCGCUGGUGGAGCCUCCCGCCACCGACAUGCUUCAUAUGACAUGGGAUGCAGGUUUGGCGAAGACAGCCCAAGCAUGGGCGCGGCACUGUGACUUCAGUCACAACAUCCAGCUCAGCAAAGCAGGGCAGAUGCACCCUGUCUUCCGCUCGGUGGGAGAGAACCUCUGGGUCGGCACACCACCCUCCACUUUCACCGUGAGCAGGGCCAUGGACUUAUGGGUCAACGAAAAGGAACACUACAGCUACAGACAAAACACGUGCACAGACGUCUGUGGCCACUACACACAAGUGGUGUGGGCGAGCAGCUUUAAGGUCGGAUGUGCGGUUCAGGUCUGCCCCAAAGGUGUCAAAGGGACGACCUAUAAAGACGGAGCCCUCUUUGUUUGUAACUAUGCCACUGCGGGCAACAUGAACGGACAGCGGCCGUACAAGGACGGGACCCCAUGCUCUAACUGUGAUGGUCAAUGCACAGACAGGCUCUGCCGUGACCCGGAGCGAGAUGCCGAGAGACGUUACAACUGGACCCCUGACUGGGACCCCAGCCUGUCCUCCUGUGGCCCCUCCUGCAUUGCCGUGCUGGUCAUGCGGCCCUUGGCUCUUAUCUGCACCUUCAUGGCCGCCUACGGAAUACGCAGCAUUUACCCCGACAUCUUCUGCUACCAGUAGUUUCACAGAGGUCAGUCAUGUUAGCAGCAGACCUACCAACCGUCCCAGUGUGCACCGGGAACAUGUGUCGUGCGGCUGAGUCCGCCUGUGAUCAUGAUUAGGGUCAAACGAUGAACACUUCGCUUGUAUUUCGUCCCAAUUUUUAAGACGCAUCUCCAUAGUUUUUUCUUGUCGUCAUCACCUGUCACAGUCUCAAGGUUGGCGAGUAUGUUUAGGAGUCAGACAGUGAUGUAGACUUUGAAUUAAAAAAGAAGAAAUUUAUUCUGUCACAAUAACGGGCAACAAAGUCCUGACAAAUCCUGGUCCAAGCUCUGCUCUGCAAACACAAUCUCUCCGUUUAAAAGAGGACUUAGUUGUUUUAUGCUAACUGAGCAUGUUUUGUUGACUUCGUUUGUCCUCCUCUGGCACGGCAAAAAAGAAUUGAUUUAAUCCAGUGGUUCUCAAUCAGGUCCUCAGGUACCACCAGCACU